AUGCCUGCCCCAACUUCUACAAGAACGACGAGUAGUGAGGCGAUCCGUUUGGAGCCUCUAGGGAGAACUUCCAGUUCCCGUAGUCCUGGACAAAACGGAACUGCCAAUACUGAAGUGCCCGCAAAUUCAGGAGACAGUAACACAGGGUUGCACAAACGCAGCAUAUAUGAACACAAUGGAGUCGCCGUUUGUUCACAAAAGAGAGCGCUUUGCAUUGCCACCAUUGUUUUCGCGAUUCUCUUCGCCAUAUCACUCAUCAUUGCAUUUGCGGGAGCACAGAAUGACUGCCCUUGCGCUGGAGAAAAGCCAGCGAAUCUGGAAAUCGACGAGGAUGAGGAAGGCUCUGAACCGCUCGCAACGAACGGCGAGGUAUUCCCGUGGAAUAACGUAAGGUUACCCUCAUUCGCUCAUCCUACUAGGUAUAUCAUCACUAUCCAUCCAAACCUAACGACGCUGGAAGUCAAAGGACAAGUCACAAUUGAGUUCUUCGUGGACAAAGAGACCAAUUUUAUCGUCUUCCAUAGUAAAAAUUUGACAAUAAAUGAAAAGAUGGUCCAGGAUCGUAAAGGUCACAGAUUAAAGGUUGCUAAAAUGCUUGAAUAUCCAAAACAUCAGCAGGUUUAUUUGGAAUUAGAGGAGAGUAAAUUUCGAAAGAAAGGGAAUUAUACAGUCCAUCUGAGAUUUGUUUCAAAAUUAAAAAACGACCUCGAAGGAUUUUACCUCAGUAGUUACGUUACUGCUGAAGGAGAAAAGAGGUAUUUGGCGACAACGCAUUUUGAACCAACAUAUGCACGUUCUGCGUUUCCUUGCUUCGACGAGCCGCAGUUCAAGGCAAAGUUCAAAGUCUCUAUAUUCAGAGACAGGUUCCACAUAGCUCUAUGUAACAUGCCUGUAAUGAAUACUGAAGAUGCUGGAUUUUACAUGGGAACGGGACUUCUCCGGGACGAUUUUCAAGAAUCUGUGGAGAUGUCGACCUACCUGGUGGCUUUUGUUGUUUGCGAUUUUAAGAGGAUAUCCGAAAUGACGAGCAGAAACAUUUCUGUUAGUGUGUAUGCUGCAGAAGCUAUGCUUUCGCAGGCGAAAUAUGCACUUAGCACAGCUUCUCGAGCAAUGGACUAUUUUGAAUCCUUCUUUGGUGUCCAUUAUCCACUACCAAAACAAGACUUGAUAGCCAUCCCAGACUUCGCAGCUGGUGCCAUGGAGAACUGGGGCCUCAUCACUUAUAGAGAAACAUCAAUUCUUUAUGAUCCUGAUGAAACCUCCACAGUUGCACACGAGUGGGUGGCUGUUGUUGUAGCCCACGAACUUGCCCAUCAAUGGUUCGGAAAUCUGGUAACCAUGAAGUGGUGGAAUGACCUCUGGUUGAACGAAGGAGCAGCCAGCUACUUUGAGUACAAAGGCGUAAACCACCUUGCACCUGAGUGGAGCAUGAUGGAUCAAUUCAUCUUGGAUAAGAUACAGCCAGCUUUGGAUCUAGAUGGCCUUGCCAGUAGUCAUCCCAUCAGUGUUACGGUCAAAGAUCCCACUGAAAUCGAAGCGAUCUUUGAUACCAUUAGCUACAACAAGGGUGCCUCAAUUCUUUACAUGCUGGAAAACUUUCUUUGUGAAGAUGUUUUAAGAAGUGGACUGAAUGAUUAUCUGAAUAAACAUGCGUAUGGAAGCGCUGAUACCAAUGAUUUAUGGGCCGUUUUCACGAAACAUGCGAAUCACACCUUUGAUGUAAAGGCAAUAAUGGACACUUGGACUCAGCAAACGGGUUUUCCUCUUAUUACGAUCACAAGAGAAGGAACCACAAUUACAGCUAGCCAAAAAAGAUUUUUAGUUUCUCCGCGUGAAAAUGAAACUGAACUUCUUGAACCUAAAUCACCAUUCAAUUACAAAUGGUAUGUUCCAUUAAAUUACUACACGGAUAAGGAACCAACGAACAUCAGCAGCAUUUGGAUGAAUAUGACUAAUGUGACCUUCGAGAUUCCAUCAGACGUGGAGUACAUAAAAUGCAACGUAAAUCAGACAGGAUUCUACCGGGUGACAUAUCCGGAUGAUAUGUGGACAUCUAUAAUAAGAACUCUCUUAACCAACCAUAUGAAGUUCACACCAGCAGAUCGUGCCAAUUUAGUGGAUGACGUUUUCACCCUUUGCGAAGCAGGGGAGCUGAAUGCUUCGGUACCAUUGGAAUUGUCUUUGUACUUGUUAAACGAAAGGGAUUAUGUUCCCUGGGCGACAGCUUUAGGAUAUCUGCAUUCUUGGAAGCAAAAACUCAGUGAAAGCUCAGGAUUUAAAAAGUACAUUGCCUUUCUGAAAAAGUUGCUGGGACCAGUAACCAAAUACGUCGGUUGGAGCGACGAGGGAACUCAUCUGAAGAAAUUACUGCGAAUUUCCGUCCUACAGUUUGCUGUGGAAUUGCAAUUAGAUGAUGUUGUGCAACCGGCGACUAAUCUUUUCGAAAAUUGGAUGUUUAAAGGAAAUCGAAUCAGUCCAAACAUUCGUGAUGUGGUGUAUGCCGCAGGAAUCAAAUUUGGAGGCCAAAAUGAGUGGAAUUACUGCUGGGACACUUAUCAGAAAACACAAAUUCCCAGUGAAAAACGAAUUAUGCUUCGAGCUCUUGGAGCAACCAACGAUCCAUGGUUGCUUCAACGAUACCUGCUGAAAAGUUCCGACAGGGAAAAAGUGAGGACACAAGAUGUAGAAGCAGUGAUAGCAUCAGUUGCCAAAAAUGCCGAAGGCAAGUUUCUUGCCUGGAGGCACUUAAAAGCAUUUUGGCCUCAAAUUCACGCUCUUUUUGGAAACGGUUCCUUAUCGCUGGGUGGCCUUAUUCAUGUGGUUACUUCAGAAUUCUUCACUCAGUAUGAUUACAAGGAGGUCUCAGAGUUUUUCAAAAACAAGGAAGUUGGAAAUGGUCAGCGGAUGCUGGAACAAAGCUUGGAGAAAAUCAGAUUCAACAUUCACUGGGUGAAGACAAACGCCGACAUGGUUGACGAAUGGCUCACGAACUAUCUGAACACAAAGAAAAGCUAGACAUCAGGAGAAUCUCUCGUUAAGUGAAGCAAAGAUCUGAAUUCUGACGAAUUCUGAUUACCACUUGCGGACUACUCAGGAAGACACAGUCCGAGGCCUCCAUGUCGUAUAAUGGAAGUUCAGCUC